AUGGAAUCGUUUAAAGAGGUGGCUACAAUUGGCCUUUUAGAUAGCACUUUUGUAUUAAUUGAUAGAUCAGAAGUAGAAGUACGGCAAAUUGAAGACUGUAGUGUUCUAAAAAGCCUUCCAAGAGGUGUAGGAGAGUACAAAACUCUAGAUAAUCAGCUAAUUAGACUUAACAAUGGCGAAAUGAUCGAUGAGUUUAACCAAGUUACUAUUGCUACAUUUGAUAAAAGUUGGGAAGUUUACUGGUACAAUCAAGAAGUUUAUCAGUAUCGAAUCCGUAAUGGUCAAUUAGAGAUAAGAAAGAUAAGCAAACAAACAAAAACGAACAAAAAGAUAAGCAUUGAGUUGUGUAAGAAGAGUAGUGAUAGUGAGUAUCUUCUUAAUAAGUCUUUUUACUUCUAUAAGAAUCUUUGCUACUACUAUCGUGAUAACAAUCUUUACUAUCAAAGUUUAGAUAAGGCCGGAGAAGAGUUAGUUCUACGUCUCCCUAACUUAAAGGUCACUGCCCUGUCUCAUACGGAGAGUAGUCCAAUUAUUGCUCUGAGUGAUGGCACACUUUUAGUGGUUAAUCUGCUAACCAAGACAAUUAAGCCAUGUAAGUGGCAUUCAAAACCCGUAUCGCAAAUAGUACCAGUUAGUGGUGAACUGAUUGUAUCUUUAGCGGUUAAUGGUACUUUUUUACUAACUGAUUGUGAUUCUUUAGCUAAUACUUUCUUAUGUACAACUAAUCAGCCAGUUUUAGAAUUCAAAGUCAGUUCUUUAGGAUAUCUUAUCUACACUACACCCGUAUCUAUUGUUAUUUUUGAUAUUGCCGCUAAAACUGCUCGUCAAACCAUCUACCUACUCACCAGAGCAACUAAAGUCGUACCAGUCGAACAUACAGUCGCCGAAGAACCAACUCAGUACGUACCUUCUCUUUCCGGAACAGAAACCAAUGCCAGCCCAAUCAUAACCUGUCCUAGCCAAGAUAAAAUCCUUAUUCCAGGCCAUAUCUAUGUUUUGCACAACCUUUUAGUCUUCCACUCACCUACACUCGGCAUCUACCGUGUCCAUACCGAAAUAGCUACUAUCAAAGACCUACUGCUCAGCCACGACCACUUACUAGUAGUAGUCAGUGCCGAAGAAGAGAAGAUUGCUCGACAAGAUAAUCCCAAACGUACUUCUUCUUACUCUCCAUCCUCACUAUCUAAUCUUUACAAACUCAUUCGUCUAGAGAAGAACUAUCUAGCACUGAUUGCUAAAGAAGAACUCAAUGAACUUCAAAACCAACAAUUACAAGAUUUAUCUACUAAUCUUAAUAGAACUAUUAUUACUACUACUUCUCAAACCACUCCAAAUCAAGCCAAAACCUUUACUUACAACUAUCCUUUAGCCGCAUAUUAUGGCGAAUAA